CUCUAUAACACGUAGACGUCUUCACAAUACGUAGCUCGCCGGAGGGAAUGGGCCAUGACUUCCACAGUGCUACCGGCGUGGCAGUCUACUGCAAUAGCCCAGUUUACUGGCCAGGAGACGUAGUAGAAGGUAGUGUUCUGCUAAACGUAACUGAUGCGAUAGCGGCGCGUUCAGUAAGCGUGGAGGUGUCAGGCUUCGAAAGCUUCUCCUAUGAGGAGGCCGCGAAGACGAAGGAACAUGCGGAUGACGGUGCCGGGAGGGAUGCUCAUAGAACUCAAGUUCGGCUGGUUAAGCUCGAUUUCCUAAAGGCGACCUUCCUGCUCCACCAGUGGAAGGGCGACAGCCCAACCGUGCAACCGGGGCAGUGCGAGUUCCCAUUUCGCUUCACCCUGCCGUACGGCCUGCCGGGGAGCUUUCGUGUACAAGAGCAACACGCAUGCGCCCAAGACGGCAAGGGCCGGCAGCAUCAGGAACCGCAGCGGCCGGUCGCACCGAAGGGAGUCAUCGGUGGUGGCAGCAGUAGGGGCAUCGGCGCC